AUGAAGUGGGUGGGAGCGGGGUCCCCGCGGGAGGCGCCCGCACUCUCGAACCCCACGUCGCCCCCCGAGUCGGCCGCCCACCAGCGAUCCCGGCCGGUACCCGGGAGGCUUGCUCACCCGGUCCCGGUCCCAGGCCCCGCCGCUGUCCGCCGCGCACUCACCGGACGCCACAGCUCCGGGUCUCCCGUCGUCUCCGCAGCUCCGGGUCUCCCGUCGUCUCCGCAGCGGGUCUGCAGAAACCGGAGAGGGAGGGGGAGCGGGAGCGGGGGCGGGUCCUGGGCGGGCCUGGUGUACACGUGA